AUGCCUCCCGUUCAACGGCCCUACAGAUCCAGAAGAGUGCGCCCGUGCGACAGGUGUCGCAAGCGCAAGUCGGGCUGUGUCAUCGACGGAGAGCCGCCGUGCCAGCUCUGUGCCAAAUUCAACCUCCGGUGUGAGUUCACAGAUAAGGCACCGCCUGUAAAUCGGCACAAACUGGCCCAGAAAAACGAAGUGGAUGUAAGCCCCGUUGCGGAGCUGGAGCCUGUUGAUCCAAUGGCUGGUGUGACGUACACAGACGAUGCUGACGUGCUGGAAAAAACGUUUGACCCCAAAACUCUCGAACGGAGAAACAGUCUUCACGCAGACCAGUUAAUUCCUGAUGCAGAAAUUUGGAACGAGCUUUUUGGGCUGAUCGUUGGCUCCAAUCAGUACAGCAGCGUUGCUAUAGCCUCUCCUGUCACCACGCGAGACGACGACGAACACUCCUCCAUCGAUGCUUUCAAAAAGUACCAGAACGUGUAUCUUUAUAAAUCUGGCUACAUUGACCCCGUAGUCCAGCAUUUGUCCAAAAAUCUCGAGAGUACCAAACCGAAAGAGUGCCAUAUGCGAAAGGUGGCCCACGCGGGAAUUCCAGAGUACGUGCUCUUUUCGCGCAAACCAACAAACUACGACGUGCCCGGUAUCAAUUCGCUUAUACAGCAGCUUUUCAGCCCGCACAUUCCCAAGCUCAUGGUGCUAUUUCUCAAACACGUGAACUCGUAUUUUCCCGUCUUCUCGCGUGGCCGCUUCAACACGUUUGCCAAGCAGGACACAAAGGUCUUCCCUUCUGCGCUCUUUGGCAGUCUUCUUGCCGUCACCGCCGAUUGGUGGCACAGACAUCCCGAGUUGAGCUUGAUGGAGUGUCCAGCAGUGGAGUCUUUGGUUUCUGCUACCCGAGCUACUAUACUUUCUGAGACGUCUAAUCCGUGCUACGGAACUCUCCAAUCCUGCCUGCUGCUGUCGCAGAAACUGACGCUUGAAAGUGUUGAGCUUGACGCGACCCAGGAAUUAUCUUUGCUAAGCGUUGCGUUCACUAUUUGCCAAUCUAUGGGAAUUAAUGUAGAGUGUCGUCAUUGGAACAUUCCUGACUGGGAGAAGAGAGUCCGUCGACGGCUGUGGUGGACACUGUUUGUCCAGGAAAAAUGGCUUAGUACAUCUCUAGGACGGGCGAGUUUAAUAUCCAAAGAAGCAUGGAACUUGUCGCUGGUUGACGGCGCUGACUUUGCGUUCUACCCAGACUCGUGGGGAUCGCAAGAGCAACAUGAAUAUGAAGUGCGCAUCUUUAGCCUCGUCGUGAGUGUGACUAUGGUGAUUGACGGUUUGGGAGACCUAAAUAUUCCUCCUUUGAUUCCAGCUUACGACAGAGCAAAAGCACUUCUACAGCGCAUUGACACGCUGAGGAAUGAGAACUCGGAGAUAUUUAACUUGGAUCAGAUUCUGUCCGGCGGCAGGAGUGCGGCAGCGCUGGUUGUUGCGACUCUAACGGCCAAAGUGCUAAUCUACAGUGCUCUUCUCCGUUUGAUGGAGACUGAAUCAAGAGAGGACCAAGGUGGGAGACCCAGGAUUGAGCAGGAAUGUCUUGCACUUACAUCGGAAGCUCUCGAAAUCCUUGGAAGACUGAGACCGCACCAUUUCGAGUCUUUCUGGUACUCCUGGUCGAGGUUCAAUUUUGCAACCAUCGCCAACUUUUUCCUUCUCGUAUCGCGACUGUGUCCACCGAGCCAGUCUAAAGCUGUUGAGGCAAACAUGGCAAAGCUCCGGUUCUUUUUCCAGAGCAGGUCCUUGGUGUUCCGGCAUCUGAGCCUUGCCAUGUGGAUACUAAACGUACCUGAAUACUGA